CUUCCAUUAAACAAGACGAUCUUUGAAUUUAAACAGUCGCCAACACAUCGGCUUCUGAUGAAAGUAUCGAUUUAAACUUCAUGUCAACAUGUGUGAAAAGAGCACCUGUAGCCUGACUGAGGUCUUCUCUGCUAUCAGAUACAAAGCGCUUGACUAUGUAUUUGAGACCAACUCCAGAUUGAAGGUAACUUUAAAUCUGCUGUCUCUUCCAACACCUUACCUAACUGGUACCAGUGAUCUGUACCCCCACUGUGGCAAAUUGCCAGACUUCACUUACAGGACACCAUGGGUCAGAGGAGAGGUAAUCUCUUCCUGCAGACUCUUUGUUGGUGGUUCUGUGCUUGAUGACCUGAGAGGAAAAAAACAGCCAGUAAACUUUUUAGAAAGGUAUGUUGUGGAAAACCAUGUGGAGGUGAUACCCAGCUCUAAUCCUGAAUCGCUGAAGGAUUUUGACCAGGAUCAGUAUGUUUCUCUUUUAAAAGAGCCACAGAUUCAUGACCCAUGUCAGGAAUCAUUUUUCAGGUGGAAAACUGACCAGAUGAAGCUGGCAAAUACAACCAAUGAUAUCUUCUUGCUGGACGAGCUCAUCGCUGCUGAUCACCUGCCGCAGUUGAGACAUUUACCCACACUGAAAACCAAACUGUCCCGACUAAAGACGCUUCCUGUGACCGACCCUCUGCUAAGCUCAACAGGAUUCGCCGUGUCUGAUGACAUCAUGUUCAGCUCUUUCAAGCAAUGUGCAUCUUAUGAGAAACCUCCAGAUGUGGACUCUGUUAGCACUCAGACUUGUGUCAACAUUCAGGAGGACUUUGUUAAAGAGUUACUCUUGGAGAGAGAGUUGCUACUUUUGCCUGCUGUAGUGGACACUCUUCAGAUGAACCCACAGACCUGCAGCGACUUUUCAAGCAUCUGCAGUUGUAUGAAUGUUGUUCCUGAACCACUGGGCAACCAGCCUACAGUUCUGGAUGUGCUUUACAAUAAUUCCCUUUCAAAGGCAUCAGUGGAUAUUUCCCAAUAUGACUUACCACAGGAACACAGUAGUGACUGCAAGAUGAGCGAAAGCCUGUUAAAGUCAGAAUUUGCAGGAUGUGUGGUGUCUCCAGCUGAGAUGGAGCUGGACUUGAUUCUGAGCCCGACUCCAAAGAACAGUCUGACUCACAUCUGCCUGUCUACCUCUCAACUCCAGGAGGAAGCGUUGUCUCCUGUUUGCAGACUAUCUUUGGUUUCAGUGAGGACUCACAAAAAUAUGGAGGGGGCACUUUGGAAGGCAGAGAAGCAUCCCACAUUUGUUGUGGGCUUUCUUUUGUCAGAGCCCCAAAUACACGAACCAGAUGUUGAGUUCCAGCCUCUGUAUGAAGCCCUGAGAGUUCUUAAGUCAGAGAAACAAAGUUUCAUCCAUGCUGAUGACAACUUGGAGUUAGAGAGUUGGGAGUCGGGAACCCCACAGGUGUUUCUGGGCUGCAGCCGUGACUUCACAGAGAGUAUGAGUUCUGCGUUUCCCCCCACACGGAAAGAGGAGGUUGAAAACUUCACAAAACUCUUACCUGAACACGUGGAUGAUAGAUCCUUCCUGUUGGACCUUCAUGAAGAAACCAUGGUUGAUUCAUCUAAGAUCAUUUCCCCUGUACAUGCUGUAAGCCCAGGCAAUAAGGAAGAAAAACCUACUGCUAUCAUCGGCACCAAAAAGGACCUCUCAGAAAAGAGGCUUCCUGCUCAAAGAAACACUGUCAACAUAGUUGAAGACAACCGUAGGCCCUCACAGAGUACCAACGAUCCAGAGAUGCUUCUGUCCUCAAGAUUGAAUGUCAGAGACUAUUAUAGAAGUUUGAUGUCUGCUCAACUUCAACCAGAAAAGGAUUUUGAUCCUCUGUCCACCUUCAUGAUGCUGAGAUCGCAGCAGGUGCCCCCAGUUGAUGCAACACCUCAGAGUUCAGCCAAAACUGCAGCUGUAGAGAUGAACCAACAAACGUCACCAAUGGAGGUGCAGCCCCCUUCAGAUCAGAUGCAAACACCUGACAGGAGGCCGGCAUACAUGAGCAUUGCUGUGUCAGGAGAUGCCACCAGAGAGAAUAUACCCACUGCUCAGCGGACGAGUCAACCUAUCAGCUGUGCUGUCAGUCAGUCGAACCAUCAGGAGAGACAGGAUAGCAGAGUUUUGCAGGUUCAGGCUACAGAAAGCCAGCUGCAUGCCUACUGUGAGCUUCUGGCCUUUGCUCAGCCUUGUCUGAGUUCUGCCAGAGAGCUGGGGCUUAAUUUCCCAACAUGGGGAGACUUUAGCAGCAUGGCUCCGGACCAAACACACUUCCUUCUCAAACAGCAGGAGAGAGCACUCUGCAGGACCCCUGCACAGAGUGCAGAGCUGGCCAAAGAUCAGGAACAGCUUUUCAACCUGGCAGAUUUGAUCCAUGUGCUAGUGACAUUCAAAGAGCUGCUGCUGAAAUGUGACCUGAGCACUGGUCUAGAGUACCUGACAAAGGCAGCUGAGGCGUGUGCAGAGCAGAGUCUGAAGCAGCUGCUGAAGAAGAUGCAGAUCAUCUUCUACCUCAGUCAUAAGAAGCAGGAGUCCAGCCCCAAACUGCUGGAGCUGCAGCAGCUGCUGGCUGAAUGGCUGGCCAGCAGGGAAGGUGGCAGAAACUCAAAGAAAAUUCUUGUCAUACUAUCAGUUGACUCUGAUGAAAACAGAUCAAUGAUCAUCAACAGUUUGAACCAAGUGACUGGUGCUGCUGCGACUUUAAUUUGUCCUGAUAACAAAAAGCUAAAUGGUGCCAGUGUGGUGAGCAGCUUGUAUGACAGUGAUUGUGUGGUGGUGUAUGAGCAACAUAUAGGCCCCGACUUCCCCUGGACCUGUUUCUCUCUUGUGGUGGAAUUUGACCACCCAGGCCAGUCUCCAUGGUCUACAGUCUGCAGUGAGAGGACCAUCAGCUACCUCACUUUUAACACCAUUAUCUCUGACACUGACAUAGAGAAAGCCUCGUGGUCUCUGGAGGACAACGUGCCUCACGUGUUGUUUGUGACGGAGGGGCUUCUUAACUGCCCCCUGCUGCUACAGAGACUCGAGUCAAGCUUCAAUAUAACUGUGUUAGAGAGGAGCCACUCGCCAACUCUGCAGAAGCUUGGCGGGAUCAACAACUACACCAUAAUCACAGUAGAUGAAAAUACUGCUAUCUUCAUUCAGGAGGGGGAUGAACUGUGUCAGGAGCGAGCUAGCGAGAGAGUGGUGAUGAGGCUGACUGCACUCUCUCUUCAGUACAGCUGCUGUUGGCUCAUCCUGCACUGCCCUGACAGUGAGGGGGGAGGGUUUUCCAGCGAAGCCUUCAACAACUUGGUGUUAGUUUAUUCAUCUCUGGUGCUGUUCGGCAUGAAGCCCGAGGCUCUGAAUGUGAAGGUGCUGAUAGUGUCAGAAGUCUUUGAAAUGGCCACAUUUAUCAACCAGAUUUGCUUCACCACCCUGAUGUCCAGUGACAGAGACCCUCUGAGCUACCUAAACAGGGACUGGUUAAACGUGAUUCCUUCACAGGAGGAAGAGUGUCUGUCACACUUCCCUUGUAUUAACCCUUUGGUCAGCCAGCUGAUGCUGAACAGAGCUCCAUCCUUGCAGUGGCUCCUGGAGGCCUCCAUCGCUCAGCUGAAGGAGCUGCUUCCUGAAGUGCCACAGAAAGUCCUCAAGCUGUUCUGUGACACCACCUCUCUGUACUCGACGAGGGCAGAUCCCCAACAAACUCAGGCAGUCAUCCCUGAGACAAUCCAACAAACCAACCUUUGGACCCACACUGCUGAUUGUGAGCCCACCGACUUUCUGCAUCCAGACCUGUUGGCCUAUGACCACAACUCCAGCUUCCCGUUUGGGGCUGCAGAUGCAGAAGACCCUGAAUGUCCAGAUUUCAGACUUGACUCGAGUCUAUCCUUUGGUAGUCCAGAUGUUUAUGUCCAGACAAGCUGGACCAGCAGUGAUCUCUGGAGAGAGGAGAAUAGGUUUUCUCUCCAGAAAAGGAGAGCUGGAGCAGCAGGGAGGGUUGUUGAACGAGUAAACCAUGAGUGGACCCCACUGAAUGAUUACACCUCAUACCUACAACCAACUGACAGUCCCCUAAAACUGGACCCCACUAACAAUUACAACCUCAUCCUGCAGCAGCCAUGCAACACUCAAAGAUCCCCCCACUCCACAGUCUUCAGUGACAUCCAAACUCCUCACAGCCAUCACUUCCCCUGUGGUCUGAGCCCACUAACAGAUCUCACAUGGGGCCAUAAGAAAAGUACUGAUGAGAGCUUCUCUAGAGGAGAUAUGACAGUGGUUUCAGUUAACUAUGGCUCCAAGUGUUGGAAAGGUCAGGAGAGGAAGAGGAGUGGGGAAGCAGCUAACCUGGUUGGUUCAGAGUUGGAACCAUUAAAGAAGCGGCGGUUAAGCUAUGAGAGAGUACCUGGCAGAAGUGAUGGACAGACCAGGCUCAGGUUGCUUUAGGUCUUAAUGAAAGACAAAGAAAACAUUUUGUUAAUUUAAAAAGUUACUUUUUUGUUUUUAAACAUCCUUGAUCAAACAAUUUUCAUAUUUUACUUGUUCAUUUUGGCAUUAAAGCAGGUUUUAAACCCAUCCAUGCUUCUUUUAAAAUGUAAGAAUAAAAAAAUUAACAAUAAAUUGUUGUAAAGUUCAAAUAUGACUAAGUCAUUUAAAUUGUUCUGAAUGUUAAGCAGUUAAUAUAAAUGGAUUUGACAGUAAAUAUAAAAUGUUUUGUUUUCCUACGCACGUAAAUGUUUAAUGAUUUUAAUCAGUUAAA